GGGUGAUGAAGUGCCGCAAGAAACUGCUGAAUAGCAUGCUCCUUGCUGGCCGGUUGCCGUAGGAACAGCACGCAAGCGGAAGUGGUGCUACGUGGGCCCUUCCCCUUCCGGGUCAGCACUUCUGACUCCCACCAGGGGCUGGGGAGCUGCAUGAGAAGCCGCUUCCUACGGUGUUUUUUAACUCUCUUACUGCCGCGAUCGACCCUCCAAAACCGGCAGUACAUGCUAAGCCCAGAGUCCGUCCCGCCCCCCAAAAGAUCCCGCGGCGACAUGGCACCACCCCGAAUCGGGACACACAACGGCACCUUCCACUGCGACGAAGCGCUGGCUUGCGCGUUACUUCGCUUGCUGCCAGAGUACCGGGAUGCAGAGAUUGUGCGGACCCGGGACCCCGAGAAAUUGGCUUCGUGUGACAUCGUGGUGGAUGUGGGUGGCGAGUACGACCCUCAGAGACACCGAUAUGACCAUCACCAGAGGUCUUUCACAGAUACCAUGAGCUCACUGUGCCCUGGGAAGCCAUGGCAGACCAAGCUGAGCAGUGCUGGGCUCAUCUAUCUGCACUUCGGGCACAAGCUGCUGGCCCAGUUGCUGGGCACUAGUGAAGAAGACAGCGUGGUGGGCACCCUCUAUGACAAGAUGUAUGAGAACUUCGUGGAGGAGGUGGACGCAGUGGACAAUGGGAUCUCCCAGUGGGAGGAGGGGGAGCCUCGAUAUGCACUGACCACUACUCUGAGUGCCCGGGUUUCUCGACUUAAUCCCACCUGGAACCAGCCUAACCAAGACACCGAGGCAGGGUUCAAGCGUGCAAUGGAUCUGGUUCGAGAGGAGUUUUUACAGAGACUUGACUUCUACCAACACAGCUGGCUGCCAGCCCGGGCCUUGGUGGAAGAAGCCCUGGCCCAGCGAUUCCAGGUGGACCCAAGUGGGGAGAUAGUGGAACUGGCAAAAGGUGGAUGCCCCUGGAAGGAACAUCUCUACCACCUGGAAUCUGGGCUGUCUCCCCCUGUGGCCAUAAUGUUUGUUAUCUACACUGACCAGGCUGGACAGUGGCGAGUCCAGUGUGUGCCGAAGGAGCCCCACUCAUUCCAAAGCCGGUUGCCCCUGCCAGAGCCAUGGCGAGGUCUUCGGGAUGACACCCUAGACCAGGUCAGUGGGAUUCCUGGCUGCAUCUUCGUCCAUGCCAGUGGCUUCAUUGGUGGGCACCGCACUCGAGAGGGUGCCUUGAGCAUGGCCCGUGCCACUCUGGCCCAGCACCUAAAACCUAUGCUUGCCUCAAAUCCCCUAGUCCAAUAAAACGGCUUCUCUUAUUGA